CAGGAUUACCUGCUCAAGACAGUGCUGCUGAAUCCAGAGCCGCUGGCUAGUCCUGGACAGUUUCUGGGAGCCCCAAGACGCCCAGGAGUGAAUCCCAUAGUUCUCUGGCAGGACGCGCGGGGCGCCCAGGACUCGCCCCGCCUUCGCUCCGGGGCCGCGGCGAGGCCUCCGUCUCCCUGGCAACCGGACGCGCUGCGGUCCGGCCAGCUCGCCUCGGACGAGUCCAGCAGUGCGCGGAGAGCAGCGGGCGCCGGCUCGGGGACCGCGGGGACCUCGGGGACGGUGGGCGCCUCCGAGGGUCCUCGCGAGGCACAGGAUGGCGGCCCUGGAGGAGGGCGCUGUGCUGCGUCUCAGCCCCUCGGACCAGGAGGACCAGGCCGACCGGGAGGACCAGGCCGACCGGGAGGAUCAGGCCGACCAGGAGGACCAGGUGGACGAGGAGGACGAGGACCAGGAGGCGGCGGCCGCGCGCAGAGCGCAGCGCUUCGCCCGGGACCCGCGGGUGCGCAACCUGGGCGGCCGCCUGCGCCGCGCGCUGGGGUUCGCGGAGGAGGCGUGGAGCCGCUUCCUGCAGAGCUCGGAGCAGCGGCGCGUCCUCCGGGGCUUUCUGGAGAGCACAGGUCCUGCCCGCCUGGUGUUCGGCGUCGGGGCCGCGGGGCUGCUCUCGGCUUCCCCCGAGCUCCCGAGAGACUCAAGGCACAAGCUGGUGUAUCUCGCCAAGAAGAGGACUGAAGAAGGAGGCUCCUCCCGAACGCUUUUGUUGGGAGAGCUACCUGUGUCAUUGCUCACACAUGUGACUGCAUUCCUGGAAGAGAUACUGGUCCCAGUUCUCUCCAACAGGAACAAUCAUGAGUCCUGGUCAUGUUUUAUUUCACAAGAUGUGGAACGUCACACAGAAGUCAUGAAAAACAAGGUGCAUAUUUUAAGGGGCAAAAUAUCCAGAAGAACUCAUCUACCAAUCCCAACAGUUGCAGAAAACAUUGACAUGGAUCAGCAUUGCUCAGUGGCCAGGCUACAAUCAGACGAGAGGAGACUGCUCCAUGCCAUUGAAUCUGUGGUCAUUAAAUGGUCACAUCAGAUCCAAGAAAUUUUAGACAAAGAUUCGGCACAGCCUCUGUUGAACGGCCUCCACCCCACCCCUGAGACGGAGCUGGACUUCUGGGCUCUGCGGCACGACAACCUCAAUUGCAUAUACCGUCAACUUCAGGCUCCUGUGGUCCUCAAGAUGGUUAAGAUACUGAGAGCAAGACAAAGCAGCUAUUUUCCUGCUCUGCAGGGCAUCUUCACCACUGUGGAAAAUGCACUUCUGGAAGCCCGUGACGUGGAGCUUCACCUGAGGCCUCUGAGGAGCCACAUCCGAGGCCUGCGGGAGGCCGAGUUCCCCCAGGCCCGCGCUCUGGCAGCCCCGCUCUUCCACACCAUCUGCCUGGUCUGGAGCUGCUCCUCCUUUUACAACACGCCCUCGCGGAUCACUGUCCUGCAGCAGGAGUUCUGUAACCUCCUCGUGGAGCAGGCAAGAACAUACUUAUCACCUGAAGAGCUCUUGAAGGGGGAAACUGAAGACUCACUGGAGAAGGUGCAGGUGGCCAUCAGCGUCCUAAAGACUUUCCGAAACUCUUUCUUCAAACAGUGGAAAGGACUGACAAGCUCUUUCACGGGAAGCACAGAGCAGAGGCCCUGGGAUUUCCACUCUGACCUGGUGUUUGCCAGAUUUAACAAAUUUGUUGACCGGCUAGUAAAAAUAGAGGAUAUGUUUGCCACCAUACUGGAAUUUGAAAAGCUAGAAAGACUGGAAUUUGGUGACACCAAGGGAGGAAUCCUAAAUGCACAGCUCCGCUUGAUGAGUGAAGAGUUUAUGGCAUGCUGUAAAGUAUUCCGAGAGAGUGUUUACGACGCAUCUGACUGUGAUGACGUGGGCUUUGAAAUCGAUUACUUCACGUUUAAGUCCAAAACCCUGGACUUUGCCCGAAGGCUCGGGACGCUGCUCUGUGAAGGUCUCCACAACUGCAGUGGUUUGGAAGCUGCAUUUAAGCUUUUGACCAUAUUUGGGAAUUUUCUAGAGAAACCAGUUGUCAUGGAAAUGUUCAGCCCACAUUACGGCACAUUGUUGAACAUGUUCAACGCAGAGUUGGAUAUGUGUAAGCAACUGUAUGACGAACACGUCAAGCAGAUUGAACAAGGACACGAAAUUCUGUGCAAGAAUAUGCCAUUCACCUCUGGAAAUAUUAAGUGGACCAGAAUGCUCCUUGAGCGCCUUCAGAGGUUUUGGUCAAGUUUCACAUCUCUCCGUUACCUAUUUCCGGACAGUCCUGACGAGGCUGCAGUCUGUCAGAAGUAUGCUGAAAUGACCUCUUUGCUGGAUCAGUUUGAAAGUCAUGUCUAUAGCGAAUGGAGAAGAAAUGUGGAUGAAACCUGUGAAUUCAAUCUGAAUCAGCCCUUGCUUAAAUUCAGUGCCAUAAAUGGCCUUCUUACUGUCAACUUUGACCCUAAGCUCGUGGCCGUGCUGAGAGAAGUCAGAUACCUUUUGAUGCUGAAGAAAUCGGACAUACCGGCUUCCGCUUUAGGCAUUUUCCAGAAAAGGAACACUAUUUUAAAGCACAUUGGGAAUCUCGAGCUCCUCGUCCAAGGCUACAAUAAGCUGAAACAGACCCUCCUGGAAGUUGAGUACCCUCUCGUUGAGGACGAGCUCAGAGCUGUGGAUGAGCAGCUGGAGGCGGCGGCCACGUGGCUGACGUGGCAGGACGACUUCUGGGUCUACAUGGAGAAGGUGCAAGUGACCACCACCGAGCUGGAGCGCAGAGUGGCGCAGACGCAGAGCAACGUGCGAACCAUCCAGCAAACCAUGCAGGCCUGGGCAGAGUGGCCGCUGCUGCCCCGCAGGGACCCCAGAAGGGAGGCUGCCUUGAACUUGGAAGACAAGGGGGACCUGUUUGCUAAAAAGUACAAGCGGAUCAGAGAAGACGGCCAUAAGAUACACAGCUUGGUAGAGGAGAACCAGAAGCUCUUCAGAGCUGAUCCUUCCAUGGAUUCCUGGAAAAUUUAUGUGGAAUUCAUUGAUGACAUUGUGGUGGAAGGCUUUUUCCAGUCCAUCUUGCAUGACCUGGACUUCUUCUUGACCAACACGGAGAGACAGCGAAAACCUGCACCGUUUUGUCAAGCACAGAUGCUCUUAGUGGCCCCAGACAUUGUGUUCAGGCCUCCGCUGGAAAGAGAGGCUGGGGAUGGCGUCUACGACCUGGUGGAGGAGAUGCUGUAUGCCAGCUUCAGAACGUCUGCCCAGAUGGGGCGUGUGGCGGCACACCUGGACGUCCCCAACUACCAGACCGACAUGGAUAACAUGUUGGGCCUGGCGGAGGUCCGGCAGGAGAUAAUGAAUAGAGUGGCCGAUGCCAUCAGCAAAGCCUUGGAGUUCAGAAGUUCUCUGGAGACCUACGCUUACCUCUGGGUGGAUGACCGAGCAGAGGUCCUGAGGCACUUCCUCCUGUACGGCCAUGCUGUCCCAUCUGAGGAGAUGGAUGUGCACGCAAGCGAAGGCAUCCUGCAGCCACCAACUCUAGAGCAAUUCAAAGAGCAGAUCGACCUGUAUGAGGCUUUGUAUGUUCAGAUAAGCAAGUUUGAUGACUUCCAAGUGUUCAACAGCUGGUUCAAGGUAGACAUGAAGCCUUUCAAGCUGAGCUUGCUCAGCGCGAUCAGGAAGUGGAGCUGGACGUUUCAGGAGCAUCUGCUGAGAUUUGUUGUCAAUAGUCUGAGUGAGCUGCAGGGGUUCAUCAAGCAGACAGAUGCAGGACUUCAGAGACAGCUGAGUGAGGGCGACCACAGUGGCCUAGUGGACAUCAUGGGCCAUCUGCUGGCUGUCAGAAGCCGGCAGAGAGACACUGACGAGCUCUUUGACCCUCUGAAACAAACCAUCAUGCUGCUGGAAAGCUAUGGCCAGAAGAUGCCUGAGCAAGUGUAUGCCCAGCUGGAGGAGUUACCUGAGCAAUGGGAAACCACCAAGAAGAUUGCAGCCAUGGUCAGACAGGAAGUCUCCCCGCUCCAGAAUGCAGAGGUCACGUGUAUACGGAAAAAGUGUGUGUUGUUUGAUGAAAAGCAAGCAGAAUUCAGAGACAGAUUUGGAAGCUACGCCCCUCUUGGGUUUAAGGCAGAGGACCCGUACUCGGUGCUGGACAAGGCAAAUCAGGAGCUGGAGACCCUGGAGGAAGAGCUGGGGCAGAUGCAGGCCUGCACGCGCCUCUUUGAGGUGGCCCUUCCAGAGUACACGCAGAUGAAUCAGUGUCGCAGGGAAAUCCGGCUGCUCAAGGGCCUCUGGGACGUCAUCUUUUACGUCAGGGGAAGCAUUGAUAAUUGGACUAAAACCCAGUGGAGGCAGAUUAACGUGGAGCAGAUGGAGGCAGAGCUCAGAAGGUUUGCCAAGGAAAUUUGGUCACUGGACAAGGCUGUCCGCGUCUGGGAUGCUUAUUCCGGCCUGGAGGGCACUGUGAAGGACAUGGCCACCUCACUGAGAGCCAUUGCGGACUUGCAGAGCCCUGCCCUCAGGGACAGGCACUGGCAGCAACUGAUGAACGCUAUUGGGGUCAGGUUUUCAGUGAGUGACGCCACAACCCUGGCAGAUUUGCUGGCUUUGCAGCUGCACCGGGUAGAAGACGACGUGAGGGCCAUCGUGGACAAGGCUGUGAAGGAGAUGGGCACGGAAAAGGUCAUUGCUGAAGUCAGCCGCACCUGGGAACACCUGGAGUUCUCUUACGAGGCUCACUACCGGACAGGCACGCCCCUGCUCAAGUGUGACGAGCAGCUCUUUGAGACCCUAGAGCACAACCAGGGCCAGCUGCAGGCUCUCCUCCAAAGCAAGCAUGUGGACCACUUCAUCCAGCACGUCCUGAGCUGGCAGCGCAGGCUGAACUCGGCCGACGCGGUCCUCGCCACCUGGAUGGAGGUCCAGCGAGCCUGGGCACACUUGGAAGGCGUCUUCACCUGCUCAGAGGAUGUCCGGGCCCAGCUCGCGGAGGACACCCGAAGAUUUGACGAAGUGGACGCUGAGUUCAAGGAGUUGAUGCUCCAGACGGCCACUGUGAGAAAUGUGUUAGCAGCCACAGGCAGACCCCUGCUCCAGGAGAAGCUGAAGGACCUGCAGCUCAGGCUCUCUGUGUGUGCCAAGGCCCUGGCAGAGUACCUGGACACCAAGCGCGCCCUCUUCCCCCGCUUCUUCUUUGUGUCGGCAGCCGACCUGCUGGACAUCCUCUCCGGGGGCUCUCGGCCCUCACAGGUAACACGCCACCUCGGAAAGCUCUUCGACAGCCUCUCAGAUCUGCAGUUUGAAGAUGAUCCGGAAGUUCCUGCACACAGAGCAGUUGGAAUGUUCAGCAAAGAGAGGGAGUACGUCCCUUUCCAGGAUGGGUGCGAGUGCAUAGGCCACGUGGAAAGCUGGCUCCUGCGGCUGGAACAGACCAUGAAGGAAACUGUGCGCCAGGCCAUCGCCGAAGCCCUGGCAGCCUACGAGGAGAAAGCGAGGGAGCUGUGGCUGUUGGACUUCCCGGCACAGGUGGCUCUCACGGGCUCGCAGAUAUGGUGGACCACAGACGUGGGGAUUGCCUUCAGUCGCCUAGAGGAAGGCUAUGAAACAGCCCUAAAGGAUUUCCAUAAGAAGCAGGUCUCACAGCUGAGCACACUGGUUGCGCUUCUUCUGGGAGAGCUUUUGCCUGGGGACAGGCAGAAGAUCAUGACCAUCUGUACCAUUGAUGUCCACGCCAGAGACGUGGUGGCCAGACUGAUUGCUCAGAAGGUUGUGAGCCCGAAUGCCUUUUCCUGGCUGUGUCAGCUUCGGCACGAGUGGGACGACUCCGGGAAGCACUGCGUGGUGAGGAUCUGCGACGCCCACUUCCGGUACUUCUACGAGUACCUGGGCAACAGUCCACGGCUGGUGAUCACGCCCCUCACUGACAGGUGCUACAUCACCCUAACCCAGUCACUCCACCUGACCAUGAGCGGCGCUCCCUCUGGCCCAGCCGGAACGGGGAAAACGGAGACCACCAAAGACCUCGGUCGAGCGCUGGGCAUGAUGGUCUACGUGUUCAACUGCUCGGAGCAGAUGGACUACAGGUCCCUGGGGAACAUCUAUAAAGGACUCGUGCAGACCGGAGCCUGGGGCUGCUUUGAUGAGUUCAACCGCAUCGCUGUGGAGGUUCUGUCCGUGGUAGCCGUGCAGGUGAAGGUGAUCCAUGAUGCCAUCAGAGCCGGCAAGAGGAGAUUUGUAUUUCUUGGAGAGACUAUCCCGCUGAAGCCGUCGGUUGGAAUAUUUAUUACUAUGAACCCAGGAUAUGCUGGUCGAACUGAAUUGCCAGAAAACCUCAAAGCUCUGUUCAGGCCCUGUGCCAUGGUGGCCCCUGACACUGAGCUCAUCUGUGAAAUCUUGCUAGUGGCGGAAGGGUUUGUAGACGCACGCUCGCUGGCCCGGAAGUUUAUUUCGCUGUACAUGCUCUGUGAGGAGCUCCUGUCCAAGCAGGAUCAUUAUGACUGGGGACUUCGUGCUAUUAAGUCUGUCUUGGUUGUAGCUGGCUCCCUGAAACGAGCAGAUAAGAACAGACCUGAAGACCAGGUGCUCAUGAGAGCAUUGAGAGACUUCAAUAUGCCUAAAAUUGUAACUGAUGAUGUCCCGGUGUUCCUGGGCCUGGUCAGUGAUCUGUUCCCAGUCCUGGAUGUACCUCGGCAGAGGAAUGCACACUUUGAACAGAUGGUCAGGCAGUCCACCCUGGAGCUCCGCCUGCAGCCCGAGGAAAGCUUCAUUCUCAAGGUUGUCCAGCUUGAGGAGCUCUUGGCUGUGCGACACUCCAUCUUUGUGGUUGGAAAUGCAGGCACAGGGAAGAGCAAGAUUUUGAGAACACUGAACCGAACAUAUGUUAACAUGAAGCAGAAACCUGUUUGGAGUGACCUAAACCCCAAGGCUGUGACGACAGGCGAACUCUUCGGAUACAUACAUCAUGCUACCCGAGAGUGGAAAGACGGCCUCUUCUCCUCCAUCCUGCGAGAGCAGGCAAGUCUCACGCAUGGUGGGCCAGCCUGGGUAGUCCUGGAUGGGGAUGUUGACCCGCUGUGGAUCGAGUCCCUGAACACAGUCAUGGAUGAUAACAAGGUGCUGACGCUCGCCAGCAAUGAGAGAGUGGCCCUCACACCCUCCAUGAGGCUUCUGUUUGAGACCCACCACCUGAGGUCAGCCACGCCAGCCACAGUCUCCAGAGCCGGCAUUCUGUAUGUGAACCCUCAGGACCUGGGCUGGAACCCGUAUGUGGCCAGUUGGAUCGACAGAAGGCGCCAUCAGUCAGAAAAGGCCAACUUAACGAUUCUGUUUGAUAAAUACGUCCCCGUGUGCUUGGAGAAGCUCAGGACCAGCUUCAGAGCCGUCACUCCUGUUCCCGAGAGCAGCCUGGUGCAGACCCUCUGCACGCUCCUGGAGUGCCUGCUGACCCCCGAGAACGUGCCGCCCGACAGCCCCAAGGAGACCUAUGAGCUCUACUUUGUCUUUGCGUGUGUCUGGGUGUUCGGAGGCAUCCUGCUUCGAGACCAGCUUUCUGAUUAUCAAGCUGACUUCAGUCGAUGGUGGCAUAAAGAAAUGAAAGCAGUGAAGUUUCCGUCCCAAGGAACUAUCUUCGAUUAUUAUCUGGAUCACAAAACUAAAAGAUUCUCGCCUUGGGCUGACAAGGUCCCCCCAUUCACCAUGGAUGUCAGCGCACCCCUGAAGACCGUUCUGGUACCCACACCGGAGACAGCUCGCCUGAGGUAUUUUACUGAGCUGCUGCUUGAGAAAGGCAAACCGCUACUGCUGGUUGGAAACGCAGGAGUGGGGAAAACGGUCUUCGUGAGCCACACCCUGGCGGGUCUCUCGGAGGACUACCUGGUGUCCCGCGUGCCUUUCAACUACCACACCACAGCGGCGUCCCUGCAGAGAGUUCUUGAACAGCCUCUAGAGAAAAAAGCUGGUCGUAACUAUGGCCCCAGAGGAAACAGAAAGCUGGUUUACUUCAUUGAUGAUCUGAACAUGCCUGCGGUGGACCUGUACGGCACGGUGCAGCCGCACGCGCUGCUGCGGCAGCACAUCGACUAUGGACACUGGUAUGACCGGCAGAAGGCGGUGCUUAAGGAGGUCCGAAGCUGCCAGUACGUGGCCUGCAUGAACCCUGCAGUGGGCAGCUUCACCCUCAACCCCAGGCUGCAGAGGCAUUUCACUGUGUUUGCAUUCAACUUCCCGUCCUUGGAUGCACUGUGCACCAUCUACAGUCAGAUCUUCAGCUUCUAUCUCCAGCAGCAAGCCUUCUGCCCAUCGGUUCUCAGGACCGGCCCCUCCUUGAUCCAGGCAGCAAUAGCAUUGCACCGGAUGAUGGCACAGAGCUUUGUGCCCACGGCUAUUAAAUUCCACUACAGUUUCAAUCUAAGGGACCUAACGAACGUCUUCCAGGGGAUUCUGUUUGCUUCUCCUGAGUGUUUAACGUGCCCGGAAGACCUACUGCACCUGUGGCUUCACGAAUCAUCCCGUGUGUAUGGAGACAAGCUGGUAGACGCCAUCGACUGUGACUUAUUUCACAGGAAACUGCUGGAUGCUGCCCAUAAGCACUUUAAAGCUGCCCCGGACCACCCGCUGCUGCAGCAGCCUCUUAUCUACUGCCACUUCGCAAGCGGCCGGGCAGCCCCCUGUUACAGGCCUGUGAAGGACUGGGACGCGCUGAAGGCAGUGCUUACGGACACGGUAGACAGCUACAAUGAACUCCACUCUGCCAUGCACCUGGUGCUGUUUGAAGACGCCAUGCAACACGUGUGCCGCAUCAGCCGCAUCCUUCGGACCCCUCAGGGCCACGCCCUCCUGGUCGGUGUCGGAGGCAGUGGCAAGCAGAGCUUGUCUCGGCUGGCAGCCCACCUCUGGAGCUUGGAGGUCUUUCAGAUCACGCUGACAGAAGGCUACGGGACCCCAGAGCUUCGGGUAGACCUGGCCAAUCUGUACAUCAGAGCGGGAGCCAAGAACAUGCCCAGCGUGUUCCUGCUGACAGAUGCCCACGUUCUGGACGAGAGCUUCCUGGUGCUGAUUAAUGACCUGCUGGCAUCCGGAGACAUCCCGGAUCUGUUCAGUGAUGAAGAUAUGGACAAGAUAAUUUCUGGAAUUCGUAAUGAAGUUCGUGGUCUUGGCAUGGUGGACUCCAGAGAAAAUUGCUGGGCAUUCUUUUUGGCUAGAGUCCGCCUACAGCUCAAAAUGGUGUUCUGCUUCUCCCCUGUCGGUCACACGCUGCGGGUCAGGGCGCGGAGGUUCCCCGCCAUAGUCAACUGCACAGCUGUGGACUGGUUCCACGCGUGGCCCCAGGAGGCGCUGGUUUCAGUCAGCAGGAGGUUCGUGGAGGAAGUCGAGGGGAUUGAGCCACAGCACAAAGAUUCUGUUAGCCUUUUCAUGGCUCACGUUCACACCAGUGUAACGGAAAUGAGUGCCUGGUACUACCAGAACGAGAGAAGGCACAACUAUACCACCCCGAGGAGCUUCUUAGAACAAGUGUCACUGUUCGAGAGUCUGCUGAGGAAGAAGCGAGGCGAGCUGCAGCAAAAGAAGGCGCACCUGAGGAACGGCAUCCAGAAGCUGCAGACAACAGCUGCACAGGUGGAGAAUCUGAAAGCCAGGCUGGCCUCCCAAGAGGCAGAGCUUCAGCUCAGAAACCACGACGCCGAAGCCCUGAUCACGAAGAUUGGGCUUCAGACGGAGAAAGUGAGCCGGGAAAAGGCCAUCUCAGAUGCAGAGGAGCAAAAGGUGGCCGCCAUUCAAGCUGAAGUAUCCAGGAAGCAGAGAGAGUGCGAGGCUGAAUUACUGAGGGCUGAGCCGGCCCUGGUGGCUGCUGCUGCUGCACUGGACACGCUCAACAGGGUGAACCUCACGGAGCUGAAAACCUUCCCCAACCCCCCAAAUGCUGUCACCAAUGUAACGGCGGCUGUGAUGGUCCUUCUGGCCCCACGGGGCAGAGUGCCAAAAGACCGAAGUUGGAAAGCAGCUAAAAUCUUCAUGGGAAAGGUUGAUGACUUCCUGCAAGCAUUAAUUAACUACGAUAAAGAGCACAUUCCAGAGAACUGUCUAAAAGUAGUGAACGAACAAUAUUUGAAAGAUCCAGAGUUUAAUCCAAACCUGAUUCGGACCAAAUCUUUUGCAGCUGCUGGUCUCUGUGCCUGGGUCACCAAUAUUGUUAAAUUUUAUGAGGUCUACUGCGAUGUGGAGCCCAAGCGCCAGGCAUUAGCCCAAACAAACCUCGAGCUGGCGGCAGCUACUGAAAAGCUAGCGGCCAUCAGGAGGAAGCUUGUGGACCUGGAUCAGAAUCUGAGCCGACUUACAGCUUCAUUUGAAAAGGCAACAGCUGAGAAGGUCCGAUGCCAGGAAGAGGUGAAUCAAACCAACAAGACGAUUGAUCUCGCAAACAGACUUGUCGGCGAACUUGAGUCGGAGAGGCUCCGAUGGGGCCAGUCCGUCCAGGCCUUCGAAGCUCAGGAGGAGACCCUGUGCGGGGACGUGCUCCUCACCGCCGCCUUCGUGUCCUACCUGGGGCCCUUCACGCGCCAGUACCGCCGCGAGCUGCUGGACUGCACGUGGGUCCCGUUCCUGCGGCGCGAGGUUUCCAUCCCCAUAGCAGAAGGCCUGGACGUGAUUGCCAUGUUGACAGAUGAGGCCACAAUUGCGUCCUGGAAUAACGAGGGGCUACCCAACGACAGGAUGUCAGCUGAAAACGCCGCCAUCCUGACGCACUGUGAGCGCUGGCCGCUGCUCAUAGACCCCCAGCGGCAGGGCCUCAAGUGGAUCAAGAAUAAGUACGGGCCUGACCUGAGAGUCACACACUUGGGCCAGAAAGGGUUUUUAAAUGCCAUUGAAACAGCCCUGGCCUUUGGCGACGUCAUCCUAAUUGAAAACCUCAAGGAAACAGUGGAUCCAGUCCUCGGCCCUCUGCUUGGCAGGAAUACCAUGAAGAAAGGAAGGUACAUCAGGAUUGGCGACAAAGAAUGCGAAUUUAACAAGAACUUCCGGCUCAUCCUCCAUACAACGCUGGCAAACCCGCACUAUAAGCCAGAACUGCAGGCCCAGACGACACUCCUCAACUUCACAGUCACAGAAGAUGGGCUCGAAGCCCAGCUGCUGGCAGAGGUGGUCAGUAUUGAGCGGCCAGACUUGGAGCGGUUAAAGCUGGCGUUGACCAAGCACCAAAAUGACUUUAAGAUAGAGCUGAGACAGCUUGAGGACGACCUUCUCCUACGCCUCUCCGCUGCGGAGGGGAGCUUCCUGGACGACACUGACCUGGUGGAGCGCCUGGAGACCACCAAGGCCACCGCAGCAGAGAUAGAGCGCAAGGUGACAGAAGCCAGAGAGAAUGAGAACAAGAUCAACGAGACUCGCGAGUGCUACAGGCCGGUAGCCUCCAGGGCCUCUCUGCUGUACUUCGUCAUCAGCAACCUCCGGAAGAUCAACCCAGUCUACCAGUUCUCCUUGAAGGCUUUCAACAUGCUGUUCCGCCGGGCUGUUGAGCAGGCCGACAAGGUGGAGGAGACUCAGGCUCGCAUCUGCGUCCUGACUGAGAGCAUCACCCACGCCGCCUUCCUCUACGCCAGCCAAGCACUGUUCGAGAAGGACAAGCUCACAUUUCUGUCCCAGAUGGCCUUCCAGAUUUUGCUGAGAAGGAAUGAGAUUGACCCCCUUGAGCUGGACUUCCUGCUUCGGUUCACAGUUGAGCACACAUACUCAAGCCCUGUUGAUUUUCUAACUGCUCAGUCAUGGAGUGCUGUUAAGGCGGUCGCCCUCAUGGAAGGAUUCCGAGGCCUAGACCGAGAUGUGGAAGGAUCUGCCAAGCAGUGGAAGAAAUGGGUCGAAUCAGAGUGUCCAGAGAAAGAACGGUUGCCGCAAGAAUGGAAGAAGAAGAGUCUGGUCCAGAAACUGAUUAUUUUGAGAGCGCUGCGGCCUGACAGGAUGACAUACGCACUGAGAAAUUUUGUAGAAGAGAAGCUAGGUGCGAAGUAUGUGGAGAGGACGAGGCUGGACCUAGGCAAAGCAUUUGAAGAGAGCAGCCCCACCACGCCGCUCUUCUUCAUCCUGUCUCCCGGCGUGGAUGCCCUCCAAGACCUGGAGGUGCUUGGCAAAAGACUCGGCUUUACCAUUGACUCUGGAAAGUUCCACAACGUGUCUCUAGGGCAAGGUCAGGAGCUGGUGGCUGAAAUGGCACUGGAGAAAGCUGCCGCAGGGGGACACUGGGUCAUCCUUCAGAAUGUCCAUCUGGUGGCCCAGUGGCUGGGAACUUUGGAGAAACUGCUUGAGAAGUUCAGCCGAGGCAGCCACAGAGACUACAGAGUGUUCAUGAGCGCUGAGGCGGCGCCCUCCCCACAGGAGCACUUCAUCCCUCAGGGCCUCCUGGAGAAUUCCAUCAAGAUCACCAACGAGCCGCCCACAGGAAUGCUGGCCAACUUACACGCUGCUCUGCACAACUUUGACCAGGACACACUUGAGAUGUGCUCCAAGGACCAGGAGUUCAAGAGCAUCCUGUUUUCGCUGUGCUACUUCCACGCGUGUGUGGCAGGGAGACUGAGGUUCGGGCCCCAGGGCUGGGGCCGGAGCUAUCCUUUCAGUGCGGGAGACCUCACCAUCUGCACCCACAUCCUCUACAACUACCUGGAGGCCAACCCUACCGUCCCAUGGGAAGACCUUCGGUACCUCUUUGGGGAGAUCAUGUAUGGGGGCCACAUCACAGACACCUGGGAUCGGAAACUAUGCCGAGUAUAUCUAGAAGAAUUCAUGAAUCCAUCUCUGAUUGAAGGUGAACUCCUGCUGGCCCCAGGAUUUGUGGCACCCCCCUACCUGGAUUACGCCGGUUACCACCAGUACGUGGACGACAUGCUGCCUCCAGAAAGCCCGGCGCUGUACGGCCUCCACCCCAAUGCUGAGAUAGACUUCCUAACGGCGGCAGCCAGCUCGCUCUUCAGAACUCUGGUGGAGAUGCAGCCCAGGAACACAGUGAGCAGCGAGGACCGGGGUCUGUCCACGGAAGCCAAGGUUAAAGCUAUCGUGGAUGACAUUUUGGAGAGACUUCCAGAAGAGUUCAACAUGGCAGAGAUAAUGCAGAAGAACCCGAACAGAAGCCCAUAUGUUCUCGUUUGCUUUCAAGAGUGCGAGAGGAUGAACUUUCUCACCCGAGAAAUCCGCGCAUCACUUCAGCAGUUAGACCUCAGUUUGAAGGGAGAGCUGACCUUAUCUCCAGACAUGGAAGCGCAGCUGUUGGCCCUGAGCUAUGACCGCGUCCCAGACACGUGGAACAAACUGGCUUAUCCAUCCACCUACGGCCUGGCCCAGUGGUUCAGCGACCUCCUCUCACGCUGCCGGGAGCUGGAGACCUGGACUCAAGACCUCGCCCUCCCGGCUGUUGUGUGGCUUUCUGGCCUCUUCAACCCUCAGUCCUUCCUGACAGCCAUCAUGCAAACCAUGGCUCGGAAAAACAAGUGGCCACUGGAUAGAAUGUGCCUGACCGUUGAUGUCACCAAGAAAACAAAGGAGGAUUACGGCCACCCUCCCCGAGAGGGAGCAUACCUCCACGGGCUGCACCUGGAAGGCGCCAGAUGGGACACCCAGGCCGGAGCCCUCGCCGACGCCCGCCUUAAGGAGCUCACGUCCACGAUGCCCGUCAUCUUUGCCAAAGCCAUACCCUCGGAGAGGGAGGACACGAAGCAGACCUACGAGUGCCCCGUUUACAAAACCCGGGCGAGAGGCGCCACCUACGUGUGGACUUUCCGGCUGAGGAGCAGGGAGAGGGCAGCGAAGUGGGUGCUGGCAGGCGUGGCUCUGCUGCUGGAAGCGUGA